UGGCAUACCUGUGUUAUGUGUUUCUCUCUCUCUCUCUCUCUCUCAAAAUCUUUUAAGCGUGUUGUAGAAGUUGGAUCUGCAUUAUUUCUUACAUUUGAUACUAUUGUUGCUAUUUCACAACAGGAAAACAGGAUGGAUGGUGUUCCUCCUCAUAAUCCCAACCCUGGUCAUCCUGGGGGAUUGAAUAUUGUAGCAGGGCAUGUAAUGCCCAAUUUGUACAAUCAUGCUGCUGGUGUUCAAGUUUUUUCUAAUAGUGCAACAGUAAGACCUCCAAGGAUGGUUGGCUCCUCAGAUGUUGGAAAUCUCUCACCUGCUGAAGUAUACUGUCGACAAAAUGAAGUUACUGCAACGGGUGACAAUGUUCCUGCUCCCUUCAUGACUUUUGAAGCCACUGGUUUCCCUCCAGAGAUACUCAGAGAGAUACAUCUUGCUGGCUUCUCUUCUCCCACGCCAAUACAGGCGCAGACAUGGCCGAUUGCACUACAGAGUAGGGAUAUAGUGGCCAUUGCCAAAACAGGUUCUGGGAAGACCUUGGGCUACAUUAUUCCUGCAUUUAUUCAUCUGAGACAAUGCCGAAAUAACCCUCAGAAUGGUCCAACGGUGUUGGUUCUGGCUCCUACACGUGAGCUUGCAACACAAAUACAAGAUGAGGUUAUCAAGUUCGGCCGUUCUUCUAGGGUCUCUUGCACUUGUUUGUAUGGUGGAGCUCCAAAGGGCCCUCAGCUUCGAGAAUUGGAUCGAGGGGCAGAUAUUGUUGUUGCCACCCCUGGUCGGCUCAAUGAUAUCCUUGAGAUGAAGAAAAUUGACUUUCGUCAAGUAUCUCUCCUUGUCCUUGAUGAGGCAGAUCGAAUGCUUGAUAUGGGUUUUGAACCUCAAAUCCGCAAGAUUGUGAAUGAGAUUCCCCCACGUCGGCAGACUCUCAUGUACACUGCAACCUGGCCCAAGGAGGUCAGGAAAAUUGCGGGAGAUCUACUUGUUAAUCCUGUUCAAGUGAAUAUUGGCAGUGUUGAUGAGCUUGCAGCAAACAAGGCCAUCACACAGUAUGUUGAGGUGGUCCCGCAAAUGGAGAAGCAGAGACGCAUAGAACAGAUUCUUAGGUCCCAAGAACGUGGGUCAAAGAUAAUCAUCUUCUGCUCGACGAAGAGGUUGUGUGACCAGCUUGCACGCAGUAUUGGCCGCAAUUUUGGUGCUGCUGCAAUUCAUGGAGACAAAUCUCAGGGUGAGAGGGACUGGGUUCUCAAUCAGUUCCGCAGUGGGAAAUCGCCAAUAUUGGUUGCCACAGAUGUGGCUGCUCGAGGUCUUGACAUUAAGGACAUCAGGGUUGUGAUCAACUAUGAUUUCCCCACGGGAAUAGGAGAUUAUGUUCACCGCAUUGGAAGAACUGGGAGGGCUGGUGCAACAGGGGUAUCAUACACCUUCUUCUCUGAUCAGGAUUGGAAGUAUGCAGCUGAUCUGGUAAAGGUUUUGGAGGGUGCCAACCAGCGAGUUCCACCUGAACUGCAAGAGAUGGCUGUACGUGGUGGGCCCAUUAUGGGAAAGGGGCGGGGUGGGAUGGGUCGUCGGGAUUCUGGUGGUGGGCGUUUUGAUUCCGGUGGUGGGCGUUUUGAUUCUGGUGGUGGACGUUGGGAUUCUGGUGGUCGUGGUGGAUCGAGGGAUGGUGGCUUCAGUGCCCGUGGUGGGAGGAAUGACUUUUUUGGUGGAAGGGGAAACCGGGGGCGGGGAUUUGGUGGUCCUGGUAGUGGUCCAGUUGGUUGGGGAAGGCAUGAACAGGGACCACGUGAUCGUUACGACAGUGUUAAUGGGAGGGGGCGAUAUGAUAACAGAAGAUCAGAUAAGUUUCGUAGAAGUUAUGGCAGGAGUCGUAGCCCAAGCCGAAGUUGGUCCCGUAGCAGGAGCAGGAGCAGGAGCAGGAGCAGGAGCAGGAGCUGGAGCAGGAGCCUCAGCCGAAGCCGAAGCCGGAGCCGGAGCCGUAGCUAUGAAAGAUAUGAGAGGUCACGUGGACAGAAUCGUGACCUUGGUUCUAAGGAACCGGAAUAUGAUGCUGGCCCCGAAGAAUCGAGGUUGUCCCCCAUGUCCCCUGGAGCAACUCAAGGUGGCACAAUCUUGGGAAUUGAGCCUGCAAUUCAGCUCCCAAUAGGUGAUAGCACUGGAUCUGGUAUCCUGUGAUGUUAGGUGAGCCAAGUUACCAGCCAGCUACUGAACUGUAAGGUGUGCUACAGAUUUUUUUGCAGUGGUUCUCUUACUGCUGUUUGAUGGUGGUCUCUUUGGUUAUUGUGGCAGAAAUGGAGUCCCAGAUCGUGGGGCUGCCAAUGUGAAAGAAUCAUCAUAGGUUAUCAGGACUUUAACAUUACUGCUGUGGCAACCAACAUGGUUUUCUGGUGCUUGUUAGUUAGCAUACUUUGACCGAGAUUUCAUCUUGUGAGAGACGCAGGUGUUUUGAAGCAGGAACAGUUUGGCAGGUUGAAGUACAUUAUUGAAGAAUGGCAAAGGGGAAGGCAGGAGAGCUGGUGCUUCUAUUUGAAUUUGCCUCGGAAAUGUAUGACCUUACGAAAGUAAAAUUUGCCCCCCUUAAGAGCUUAAUAUGGUUUUUAUUAAUGGCUAUAAGAACCUAAUAUACCUGAAAAAAUGAAUUCUUUAUGAACGAAUAACUCAAAUGUUUAACCAAUUUUCACCCA